UUCUUACGCGCUUGCGCAAUUCAAUGUUGUGAUUUUACUGAAGCAACAUGUCUGCCUCCAUGGUGCGAGCGACCGUCCGAGCGGUCAGCAAAAGAAGGAUUCUGCCUACAAGAGCCGCACUGACACUGACUCCAUCAGCUGUGAACAGGAUCAGUUUUCUGUUGAAGAACAAGCCUGAAUUUAUCGCUAUGAAGGUCGGAGUGAGAACACGUGGCUGUAAUGGACUGACCUACACACUGGACUACACCAAGGAAAAAGACAAAUCUGAUGAGGAAGUACUGCAAGAUGGUGUUAGGGUGUUCAUAGAGAAGAAGGCUCAGCUGACCCUUCUGGGCACUGAGAUGGACUAUGUGGAGUCCAAGCUGUCCAGUGAAUUUGUCUUCAACAAUCCCAACAUAAAGGGCACGUGUGGCUGUGGAGAGAGCUUCAACAUAUGAGCAUGGUGGAGCUCCUGUACCCUGUCCUGCCCAUAAAGACUGAGACACUGAAUGUUGGCGAGGAAGUGGGACAUGAGGACAUCUGAGAUGUGGACGUGCCUGCGCUCCUCUUAUACCGCUCUGACUGCAGGCGACUCGCAUACACACACACACUUGAGGAGGCCAAGUAUUGCAUAAUAAUGCUUAGAGGAGGUUUUUAAUACCAUCUGUGUAGUAGUCUAAACUAUCUUGACUUGUUGAUUUUAGGUUCAGAUACCUCUCUUUUUUGGCUUGGCUCUGAGUCUAAAAAAAACCUUAUAAGACCUCAAUAGCAGGACUUUUUUUAAUUAAAAGUGAUUUGCUACAAUUUAAAACUUUCACGCUGUAAGACAGUGUUCUACCACCCAGUGGCAAGUUAGCAGCAGUAUGCAAAAGUGGAAAAGCUUUUAUGAGUUUGUAAAGUGUAUAUUUAUCUCUCUGUGUAAAUAUAAAUAAUGUAUCUCCCUUGAACCACGCACACAAGUAAAAAAUCACGCACAAAAUACAUUAUUCCCUCACAUGAGGUUUAUGUUGGUUUCUUAUUUAUUUGAGAAAAGCCAGGACUUUGUGUUUGUACUGUGCAAUAUGUCUCUGUACAUAUGUGAUAAUAAAUAGCUAAAUACAG